AUGGUCAUUCCAGGCGAGGCGAGCGGGAAAAAUGUUGAAGAAUACAGUGCAACCUUCAUACCCGUUGAUGAAAAAGUUGACGGCCCUACGAAGGAGACAAAUAAUGAAGAAUAUAAUCCAAGCAUCGUAACCGUAGCUGAAAAUGUUGACACUAUUUACACGACGGAAACAGAGCUGCGAGAUGAUACUCAAGCUUCCGAGCACCUUGAAACUAGAGCUUGGAUUAAUGAAUGCAAAAAAUAUGCUGAGGAAGCAAGGGAGCAGUACAACGCACGGAAGCGUGCAGCUUAUCGAAAGAAAAAAUAUGAGGAUAUUGUCAGCCUACAAGAGGAGAAUCAACCUUUAGUUGCAAAUUCUGAUCAUAGGGAUCUUAUCAACGCUCUUAGGCGGGUGUCUCAUCGCAAUAACAAGUCGAAUGGUUUGGAUAACCAACAAGUCAUUGGGCAGUACGCUGACAAUGCAGAAGACAUCGAUGUAUUCUUAAGCGGCAGCAUGGGCGAUGAGCCGGCAGCACCCGACUUGAUGGAUGAGGAGUACUACAUGUUUCGCAACGAAGGAUCCGAUAAUAACAUAUUGGAUGAUGACGAGGAAGCAAGCAUGUCUAGCGCUAAUCCUAGCGAGAUUGAUCCAUUUGACAGUGUCUACUCAAACAUCCCAGAUAGCACUCACAUCCUGAAACUCGCUGAAAAUUGCAAACACUGCAAGGCCAGGAAGUUUGAGUUUGAGACUGACGGGUUCUGCUGUCGCAAUGGCCAGAUUCAGCUUAAGCAACCGGAACCAAACCCAGAGCUUAUGAGGCUAUGGUCGAGCAUGGAUGCAGAUUCUAGACAUUUUCGAGAGAACAUACGGUUCUUCAACGGGCAUUUCGCCUUCACAACCCUUGGCGUCAGCCUUGAUGAAAACUACACAAACAUGAAGUCUGGGGUGUACACAUUCCGAGCACACGGCACCAUCUACCACAACGUGCAUUCGUUCGGGCCAAGCUCCCGUCCAGAACAUCUGCAGUUGUACUUCUAUGAUGACGACCCAAACCUAACUCAUCGUAAGGCGGCCACCAAGCAAUUAGACCAGGAUGUCGUGAAGGGUUUGGUAGACAUACUCAAAGAAAACCCAUACUCCCAGCAAUUUAGGAGUUUGGGUGCACACAAGGACAACCUCGAUGAUUAUAGGAUAGACCUAAACACCGAUAAGAGGCUUGACCAAAGAAGAUAUAAUAGACCGGUGUCAUCUGAGGGGGAGCUAGGUUGGCAUCCGAAGCUACCUAAACGUAAUGUUUCUUGGGAGCUUGUACAACAUCCAAGACUGGGCCAUGAUGAUGAUGAGGAUGCAGAGGGGAAUAGCAGGUUAUGCGUCUCCGUGAGAGACUAUUACUAUUACAUGCUGCAAACACGGCCUGGGAUCUUCAAUCCUAUACUCUGUGGAGCACGCCUACUGCAGCAAUGGGCGGUUGACAUGUACAUCAAGAUUGAGAGUUGUCGGUUGAGGUGGUACAGGAAGAACCAGACGCAGAUACGUGCCGACUUGUAUAAAGGAGUUGUUGAUGCGAUCACAUCGGGGGAGACGCGAGCAAGCGCUGUUGGGGUAAGAAUAGUGCUCCCUGGAACUUACCCUGGUGGUGACCGCGACAUGAAGAAGAGACAUAUGGAUGCCAUGGAAAUUGUCAAUACAUACGGGAAGCCUGACAUCUUCUUGACCAUGACUUGCAACCCUAAAUGGGAAGAGAUAACGAAUGAGUUGCUUCCUGGUCAGACGGCGCAAGAUCGUCCUGAUAUUGUGGCCCGUGUGUUCUACAGCAAGCCAGAGGCUAUGAAAGACCUGUUGCUCAAGAAAAUGGUCCUGGGUGUUGUUGUUGCUUAUGUAUACCCUCGGCCGUUCAAUGAGAACACGGUACAAGGCAAGGACUCAUACCCAGUUUAUCGGCGUAGAGACGAUGGAAGACGUGCUAAGGUCCGAGGGAAAAUGUUGGACAACCGAUGGGCUGUGCCGUAUAAUCCUUAUCUUCUGCGGAUGUUUAAUUGCCACAUCAAUGUUGAGGUCUGCUCUAGCAUAAAUGCCGUCAAAUACAUUUAUAAGGGUCAUGAUAAGGCUUCUUUCAGCAUCGACCAGCCAGACGCUGAUGGUAACAUUGAUGAGAUCAAGAGAUACGUUGACGCAAGAUGGGUCACCCCUCCGGAGGCUAUAUGGAGGAUAUUUGGCUUCCCACUGUGCGCCAAUUACCCGCCUGUCUUGAAGUUGGCUCUUCAUCUCCCGAAUAUGCACAGGGUUGCAUUCAAUGCACAGGCUGACUUGAAAAAUGUUGUCUCCUCCGAAAAUGCUUCAAAAUCCAUGUUAACUGAGUAUUUCAAGGCUAACAAAAAACACCCUUGGGCAAGGCAUAUAUUGUACAAGGAUUUUCCCGGAAGCUUCACGUGGGAGAAGAGAAAGAAGUUCUGGAAGCGGCGGGACCUGCUCACCGUGGACGGCGUGGUAUGUGGGAGCUUUAGGGAGGCUGCUAAAAGGUUGGGACUCAUCGAGGCUGACAACACGCUCAACGACUGUCUUACUGAGACGGAGCAGUGGGCGAUGCCAUGUUCUCUUAGGGGGCUCUUCGCAACCAUCUUGGUGCACUGCGAGCCAGGCGACGUGCGCGGUUUAUGGGAUAGGCACCUUGAGCCUAUGUCUGAUGACUACCGUCGAACACGCACGUCCCCAAAUGAGGUGGAGCAGAUGGUGUUGCUUGACAUUAGGGGUAUGUUGCAGUCCAUGGGUAAAGACAUUAUUGAUUUCGCUCUUCCAACCAUUGAUGAUGUGUUUGACCCAACUGAGGGCGAGGCCAGAGAGAUCAUCGAGGAAUCAACCGUUGAGUUUGAUGAAAGUGACACUAAAUUGUCAUCUUCCUUGAAUUUGGAACAAAGGGCCGCAUACGACGAGAUACUAUUGGCUGUUGAACGAGGUGAUGGGGGUGUAUUCUUUGUAGAUGGCCCUGGAGGUACAGGGAAGACCUUCCUCUACAGGGCGAUGCUCGCCAAGGUGAGGGGCGAGGGCAAGAUUGCUAUCGCUACCGCGACGUCGGGCGUCGCUGCUUCUAUCAUGCCUGGCGGUAGGACUGCCCACUCGAGGUUCAAAAUCCCACUGAGUUGCGAUGAUGGAGCCUCGUGCAGCUUCACCAAGCAGAGUGGGACCACCAAGCUGCUAAGGAUGGCCUCAUUGAUACUAUGGGACGAGGCCAGCAUGACUAAGCGACAAGCUGUUGAGGCAUUGGACAAUAGCAUGCGUGACAUCAUGGGAAUACGCGACCGACCCUUUGGAGGAAAGACUGUUGUUUUUGGCGGGGACUUUAGGCAGGUGCUUCCGGUCGUCAGAAGGGGGUCACGGGGCCAGAUAAUUGAUGCAAGCCUCCGAAGUUCUCAUCUAUGGAAGGGUAUGCGGCAGCUUCGGCUCAUCACCAACAUGAGGGCUCAUAAUGACAUGUGGUUUGCAGAUUACUUGCUCAGGGUCGAUAACGGCACAGAGGAAGCCGACGAUCAAGGCAACAUACUACUGCCUGAUGACAUUUGUCUGCCAUCUAUAGGCGAGGUUGACGACCUAGAGAAGCUGAUUGACCACGUGUUUCCGAGUCUAGAUGACAACAUGUCUGAUUCGAAUUACAUGACAUCUCGCGCCAUCCUUUCCACGACAAAUGACAACGUUGACAAGAUAAACAUCCGCAUGAUAGAGCGUUUCCACGGAGAUGAAUUAAUCUACCAUAGCUUUGACAGUGCGGAGGACGACCCAUAUGGCUACUACGCUCCUGAGUUUCUUAACGGAUUGACUCCCAAUGGUCUUCCUCCGCAUGCACUCAAACUAAAGCUGAACUGCCCGGUCAUACUUCUAAGGAACAUUGAUCCAGCUAAUGGACUGUGUAACGGUACUAGGCUUGUUGUUAGAGGUUUUGAGAGGAACACCAUUGAUGCAGAAAUCGUGAUUGGACAACACGCGGGUAGGAGGGUCUUCCUUCCUCGAAUACCUCUGUGCCCAUCUGACAACGACAUGUUUCCAUUCAAGUUUAAGAGGAAGCAAUUUCCUAUAAGGCUUAGCUUUGCUAUGACGAUUAACAAGGCUCAAGGGCAGACCAUCCCGAUUGUUGGUGUGUAUCUACCUAAUCCGGUGUUCUCUCAUGGUCAACUCUAUGUUGCUUUGUCUCGAGCAACCGCGAAGAGAAACAUAAAGAUACUUAUUCAGAAGGAGAAGCCGAAGGAGAAGUCCAACAAGCAAAAUAACAAUCGAAAGAAGCGAAAAAGACCGACCGUGUCCUUGCUGACCUCAAUGAAGAACACCGUCUACAAGGAAGUACUUACAGGCUGA